GAAGACGAAGCGGACGAGGACCCACCCCCGGAGGAUGGCGACCUAGUCCCACGCCCUUCUCUUUUCCAACCUGUAAAGGUCAAACCUCUCCUCCCAUCCACAAAGUCAAUGUUGACACUUGCACUCCACAACUUCGAAAAGUGUCGGGGGCGUGCUCACUCACUGCCGGCGCCAUUACACUGGCCACUGCCUUGCUCUCCUUCAGUGGGGUCUUCGGCGGCUUCUCCAGAGGACGGUGACGAUGGUACGGUCACACAAACCAGCCGGGGGGCACCUAUUACCACCCCUCCACCCAGACCGCCUGCACAGUCGGCGGCAUAUUCCCCACAGACUAUACGUCGGAAGAUGCUGUCGGAAGAAUGCACGGAAUCCUUACGCAAGGACAUCUUGUGGGAACGGCAAGAGAAAUCCCAAGCGUUCAAUGCCUUUCUCAAGCGGCGCCGCAGGCACCAGGAU